UUUUGGCCCGUGGACCUUAUGUUUGACACUCCUGCACUGAAGGCUUGUGCCACAUUCUUUUUGGUGACACGUGACAAGCCACAGUGCACACUUACUAUGCAAUCUAUUAAUACAAAUGCAUCAGAUAAGUUCCCAUAUCAGAACAAAAAAAAAACAACAACUAGAACUUUUGAAGUAUUAUGUUUUUAAUGAAAACAACACACGCUCAAAUUUCUUACUGCACUUGUUUUUUUAUUUAUUUAUUAAAAUUGAAACUCACUUGGACAUCUGUUCAUCCGAGCACCACUGUCACAUACUUUAAUCGAAGUUGCUUUUUAAUAGUUUUAUGUAAGAAAAAAUAAACGUCGUUUCUUCUCCAAACGCAGCAACCGCAACUCUCAGUCCCACUGAGGAACUGCUCACAGGCACAUCUCCCUGGACGGACCCUCCCCAGCGAUCCAGUUUCACGGCAUUUAACCAAAAAUCUAUGAAGAUGCGCCAAAUGUCCGUUGUGCGUCAAAGCCAGCCGGAGUCCACAGACGAAAACCCUACGCCUAAAGGAGAUUCAACGACGAAGAAACCAGGGAGAAACUCUGCGCGUUAAGGGGUAGAGACGAGACAGUGAGUCGCAGCAGCGGGAGAGUGGCUGGAAACCAGUCCGUCCUCAAAUGAUGGGACAAACGCACCUUCUACUUCUUCUAAUUUAUUUAGACCCGCUGAACGUCCUGUGCAGCUCCGCCAUCCACAAGAAACUCAAAUCUACACACAAUAGGAGCCACAAGUCCAAGGCGGUGAAUGGCAGCAACAACGGCGGAGGCACAACUGCACUCCCCUCGGCCGCGGAGGUGCCGGGGAAGGUGUCGUCGCUCCAGGCUGUGGGCAAAGCGCAGCACGACAUCUGCCUGGGCUACUACGACGUAAGCGGCCAAUACGACAAAGAGUUCGCCUGCAACAACACCGACCAUCGGUUCUGUUGCGGCAGCUGCUUUCUGCGCUUCUGCUGCGCCGACCGCGCCAAACGGCUUGAGCAACGCGGUUGCACCAAUUAUAAUACGCCGGACUGGAUCAAAACGCAGCAGCCGCCGUCCGCGGCGCCCACGGGGGACUCGUAUGACCCAGAAUUGGAUAAGACCAACACCACGGUAUAUAUCUCUUGUGGGGUCGUGGCGCUCGUUAUUACCUUCGGAAUUUGCGCCAAGGUUGCCUACGACCAAGCAACUAAGCCUCAGGAAAUGAACGUACACAGAGCAUUGACUGAUAUUUUGAGGCAACAAGGGCCAGUUCCACUACCUCAGUAUGAUCACGAAAGCAUUGCAGUAAUUGAUGGCUCACCCCAGGACGAGACACCAAUUCGGACGUCAAAGAAUCACUACACACCUAUUCACACCAAAGCAUCAAACCAUGAUCAUUAUGAGAAAGAAAACCUCUGCAGUGGAGGCCAGGAUAUGUCAAACUUUAUUUCCUCUGGAUUUGCAACGCUUGGGCGUGGGCAUUUAAAAGCGCAACGGUCCUUCGAAGAAUUUGAGCAGCUCGCUUGGCAGGGCGAUCUGGACGUCCCCAUCCCAUAUGGAAUGCACCGCAGUGACUAUCAGCGCAGUCAUCUGGAUUUAACUGCCCUCACAGCUACACUGGAGAGACCCCAGCGGAAGAACAAGAUUCUGACCUCAGCGACUGAGCCCUACGAUGCCUCACUCUCCAAAUCCUUCCAGAAUCUAAGCCACCUACCACCCUCCUAUGAACUGGCCCUUAAGCCUGAUUUAGUUAAUAAGGACAUGGAUAAAUACUACAUGAGAAAACAUCAUCAUGCUGACUUUGGAGGCCGGGGACCAGGCAACGUGAUGAAGUUAAAUGCAGAUCAUCUGCAUCAUCAUCCCCACGAGCAUCGUCAGCGUCCACAUCGAGUCCAGAGAGCCAUGUCCCAAGACCAUGUCCUGUCUCCUCCCAGGACACCACGACGGGGGGAUUACGGUCUGUCAUCUUAUGGCGUCAUGGCAGCGGCUGCCUACGGGAGCAGCCGCCAUCUCUCAGAGGAACACCUGUUGUCCACCAGCCGCCUCCUUUCGCAAGAUCCCUUGCUGUCGCCAGCAAUGAGACGUGACAAAUUCCGCGAGAGGGCCAUGGCACGGGCCAUGUCUCACGCAGACAUGCUAAUGCCAACCACGCCCAUAAUGGAGCGCCAUAAAGUCAGCAAGCUGCACCCGCAACACAAUGCCUCCGCUGACUCUUACAACACUUUGACGAUCAACCACCAGCCGUCUUCAUCUGCGUCCAAGAGGCAGGCUUUUGCAUCCCGACGAACACACACUAUGGACCCCCUACAGUACGUCGGGGGCCACCACCACACACUUCGCACUGCCAGUAAAAAUGAGGUAACUGUUUAAUUACAGAGUGGAAGAAAAAGGGGG